GUUAGGAGGGGAACUAAUUUGUACCUUUUUUAUAAUUUACACUCACACACACAAAACACACAGGUGAAACAGACUCUUAAUGUAUACCUCAGUUAGGAGAGGAACUAAUUUGUACUUUUUUUAUAAUUUACACACACACACACACACACACACACACACACACACACACACACACACACACACACACACACACCCAGGUGAAACAGACAUUCUGCAUACGUUAGUUAAUAACAUGCCCAUGCCCCAGUAAGUGAGCAGUAACCAAAGAGGAGAGGAGGAGUUGUGUUUGAGCACAACAACCUGGGUGACGUUCACAGUCACCUUCGAAGCCGGUUAAAUACGGACACGUGGAGAAAUGAGCUCCAACUUGGACUCUUUAUAAGUUCAUUCGUCAGCUUAAAGUCUUUAAGCGCGCAGCUCAAAGUACGGAAGGAGUCCAUCACGACACUUAGUGACACAAUUUCCAAACCUGGACGCUGAAUAAUUGUGACCGGAGCAGCGAGCCUAAUCACGGCUCAGCCUGCACGCGCGCUGCCGAGAACCGAACGGUGAGCGCGUGAUUACUUUUAAAUGGCAACUAAACCGGGAACGGACCGUCAGCCGCAGCAGCAACGCACCGAGCCCGAUCAACUGGAGGGAACGGACGCGCAAAAGACGGCAGGAAUCCAAAAAACUCCCGUGCGCAGCCCAAAGUGCGCGCGAUGUCGGAACCACGGCGUCGUGUCGCGUCUCAAGGGCCACAAGCGCGCGUGCCGCUGGCGCGAGUGCCGGUGCGCGAGCUGCGUGCUGGUCUUGGAGAGGCAGCGCGUGAUGGCCGCGCAGGUCGCGCUUCGCAGGCAGCAGGCCGGAGAGAGUAAGAAAACUCAAAGAAGUUCUUCUUUCCUGAGACGCCAAACCUACCAGCGUUACCCCAAAACACCUAGCCUCCUGGCCAAGAGUAUACUGGAGGGAUGUAAAACACCAGCAUCGGAAGACUGGCAGUCGAGACUCCACUAUCCUCCACUUAGCGUUAAGAUGAGAAAAAGGAGAGCUUUUGCUGAUAAAGAGCUGGAGAGUGUGAUGCUGGAGCGAGAGCUUAGACAGAGGGAGAUGGAAGAGCUGCAUAAAAUCGUCCUCCUUCAGGCCACUGUGUCUCCAGCUCCUUCCCCUUGCUUCUGUCCACUGUCUGAGAGAAGCAUGUCCGGCUACAUGUCAGCUUAUAAAUCCAAUCCACUGGUGUUUGAGUGUGAUCUCCAUGGCCACAGACAGGAGUUUAAAACCAGGGCUGUAGAGCACUGUUCCAGGGAAAUCCUCACAACACAGAAUAUUUCUACAUCACUAAAAUCGUGUUACGCCUGCAAAGGGACAGAGUCGUGUCUGGAAUCUGUUCCUUUGCCCUCAUUUCAAAACUCACACUAUUAUUGUUGCAAAAACAGAGGAAAUACAGAGGCAGAAAGAGCCCCAGCUGCCUCGUCUCACAACACGAGACAGAGUGCUGCUGCUGACAGACUGGAUGUCACGUCAAAGCGCGACAGCACUCUAUUUCUGACCGAGGCGAAGGUGCUGUCACAGACUGAGAAGCCAGAAAAACACUGCAGGGCAUCAGGGCUUGAAUCACACACACACAAGGACUGGGCUACUAAACCCAACACGAUGAAGAAUGGGAGGCCUUUACCGUUUUCUGUCGAGGCUUUGCUGAUGAGAUGAUAAGAAGUAUUCUCUGUAGAAUUGACAUGGUUUUAUAAAUGUAGUGAUUUAUUUUUCUAGAUUUUUUUUUUUUUUGAUAGAGAAAACCAUUCUGCCGGAGUUACUCUGAUUCCAAAAUAUUUCGAUUUAAUACGUCUUAAUAAUAUUCCUUGGGUUGUCUAUUGUGUGCUAGUUAAAAAAUAUGUUUUUAUCUUUUAUUUAUUUUAUCUUGUAUUCGUGUAUUCAUACAACAGCCUCUAGGUUUACACCUAAGCUUUAUUUUCCCUGAUUAUAUAAUAUCUAUAUAUAUGUACUGGUUUAUAAAGAUACGUAAAUACGUACAAUUUUAUAUGAUUUUGUUUUAAGUUCAUGCACAGUGGAAGGCAUAUUUUUAAGAUGCAUGGACGUCAUACAGUGGAAUACAUAAUGUUCAUCUUUUAUGUAUUUAAACAGCAUGUCAUUUUAAUGGUGUGUGAUUACAUCCCUGGAACUUUACAGAAAUGACAAAUAAAUAAAAGUUAUGAGUUAUCAUUGCCAAUAGAAUAUUUAAUAUGGCAAAUCUGAUAUUAAUAAAACGUGAUGGUGUGUGUAUAUA